GUACUUUUUCUCCUCCUCUACACCCCAAAAACCUCAACCAACCAACUUCUAUUAAAUUUCCCCCAAAACUAAAGCCUAUUUCUACAACACCCUCCACGCGUUUAUAUAUUUAGGCAAACCCUCUUUCCCAUUUUUCUUGUACACUGAAAAAACAAAACAAAAUAAAUAAAUUAUAGUAAACGGAUUUUCUGAGAAUGCAAGCGAUUCCGAUUGUUUCUUUGUCUCCAUCGUUCGGUCGCUACGAAUCUCCGAACGAAUACGUAGAAAUUUCUGCUAAAUUUUGUGAAGAUUUCAGCUCCAAGCUCAAAAUUGAAGGAGAUUCUAACGGCGGAUUUGUGGAUUCGGAACAAAUAGAUUCCCAGAAGAAGAAAGAAAGCCAUGAAAGGAAUGAGGACGAUGAGAAUGAGGUAGAGGAUAUUGAACAAGUAGUAGUACAAGAAGAAGAAGAAGAAGAAGAAGAAGAAGAAUUCUCUUUUGCUUGUACGAAUCCGGAAGGAUCGCCUACUUCCGCCGCCGAUUUGUUUCAAAACGGAGAGAUUCGGCCGGUGUUUCCGAUUUUCAACAGAGAUCUCCUUUUCGCCGACUCUUACGACGGCGAAAGUUCCACAGGUAAAGAGUCGGCGGCUCUAUGGUCUCCAUUGAAGAAGCUUUUCGUCGAAGAAGAGUUUAAUAAUAAUAAUAAUAAUCCGUCGUCUUCAGCUUCCGAGUCCGAGGAGCUGGAAGGAAUUCCCCAGGGAACGUACUGCGAGUGGUCGGGGAAAACCGCGUGCAAGAAGAGCAAUUCCACAGGAUUCUCGAAGAUCUGGAGGUUACGAGAUUUGGUACACCGAAGCAACAGCGACGGCAAGGACGCGUUCGUGUUCUUGAAUACUAACUCUGCUACGCGUUCAAGGCAAAGCAACGAAUCGGUUAAGAAAAUGGAAAUGGAGGAGAAGGAGAGGAAGAGCAGCUCCUCCGCCUCCAGCAAAACGACGACGGUGAAAAGCAAGGCCAAUAAAAGCAAAACGGCGUCGUCGGUGCACGAGAAGCAUUACGUUAGAAAUAGAGCGAAGAAAGAGGGAGAUAAACGGAGGUCGUACUUGCCGUACCGGCAAGAUCUGGUUGGAUUCUUCACCAACGUGAACGGCAUGAGUAGAAAUGUCCAUCCAUUCUAAACGGACGUUGCUAUUUUAAUUUUUUUUUUUUUUUCAAGAAAUCCACUUUAUUAUUAUUAUUAUCAUUAUUAUUAUUUUUUUUUUUGGGAAUUAUAUUGGUUGGUUCGUUAAUUUAUGUAAAUGGUUUGGGGGUAGUAAUCUUUGGUUUUUUAUUCUAGGAUUCUCGUAAAUUGGACUUUCUUCCAAUGUAGAGUUGCUUCAUAGUAGGAUGGACAUAUUUUAGUAAAUCAAAUAUUAUUAGUUCCA